UGACAUUGUUUGAAGGAUGGCAACAUUGGUGCAGCUUGCUCUUUGAAGGCUGUACAACGUAUCGACUCAGCAACAAUAAAGAACUUGGCGGAUGAGGUUAUAGUAUCUUGAAAUAAGUCUUUUUGCGUCUUGAAACGAAACAGAUUGCUAGCUGAUAAGUCUAGUUCAUUACCAAUGGCAUCGCGUCAGCAGCAUCAUCAGGGGAAACAAAAAAGAGAAGAUGAAGAAGAGGAAAGACAAAGGCAAGGAGGAGAGCGGGAGUAGAGAGGAUUGAUAGACUAGCAAGAGCAGGAAAUGAGAAAGGGGAGGGGCUGGAUAUGAAACAUAUGGAGACUAGACUGUACCCGCCUCGGAUGUGAGGGUGUGUGAGGAGGAGUAUAUAAGAACCAGCUCACUUCAUCAGUAUCGAGGAUAUCGGUCAUCAUCAUGUUUUCAUUUUUGUGACAGUUCUAGUGGUCAUUCAAGUCAUUGCGUACUUCUGUUGGUCAAAGUGUGUCAGAUGAGAGAAAUCAGCCGACAUGUGUGUCUGCUGGUGUACCUGGAGUACCUGGAUCACCUGGAGUGAAUGGAUCACCUGGACGAGAUGGAAUGAAAGGAGAAAAGGGGAUGAACGGAGAGAAAGGAUUAGUUGGAGAUGCUGGUGCACAAGGAAUAAAAGGAGAAGAAGGAAGGAAAGGAGAGAAAGGAACAAAGGGAGAGAGAGGAUUAGUUGGAGAUGUCGGCAGUAAAGGUAAUGCUGGAGAAACAGGAAGGAAAGGAGAGAAAGGAGAAGCUAUGACACUCAACUGGAAACAGUGUGUGUGGAAUAGAGCGGAUGGGAAGGACAGCGGUCUGAUUCAGAACUGUAAUUUUAGGAAACAUGACAGCAAUUCAGCUCUACAUGUUGCAUAUGCAGAAAAUCUUGCGAUUGACUGCAGUAGUCAGUGCUGUUCUCGAUGGUAUUUUACAUUUAACGGUAACGAAUGCAGUGGACCUAUGACUAUUGAGGGAAUUGUGUUUGGUUAUCCAGCUAAUAAUUAUCCUUAUCAUCACAGGCAGAUUGAGGGAUACUGUGAGAACAUUCCAGCAGGUCAAGUCACAAUUGGAUUCAACAUUGGAAACUGUAACAAACAUACAUCAACAACGUAUAAUGGCUUGACAGGAUGGAUAGCAGUAUCUCACAUUAUGAUUGCAGAAGUUCCUUCACCACAAAAGUGACUGAAUUAGAGAGGAAUUAAGAACUUGUGGUGCGAUCGAGGUAGCUGAAGUAGGAGGCUGGAUGGUGCGCGUGCAUGUAUGUCUUUGCCGUGUGUGAGUGUAUGUAUGAUUAAUUCAAUGUAGCUGCAACUAAUUUACAUUACAUGUAUAUCGUUUGUCAAAGUUACAGACAGA